AUGCCUGUGGCGUUAGGCGACGAGCUUCACUACUCGCCAUGGCCCUUUGACGCGGUGUCUGCUGUGGUUGCCCCGCAAGCGGUCCCGGCGCUGGCUGUUGUGGAGAUUUCGCUGCUUCUCGCUCCUGGCUCUGCGCCGUCGCCAGCGACUCCUGCUGCCUUUGCCCCUGCGCCUCUUGCGGCGCUAGGUCCUGUCGUGGAGUCGGCGUCCGCGCCCGCCGCGGCGUCCGCUCCUCUGCACGCUAUGGCACCUACUUCUGCGCCUGCUCCUGCGCCUGCUCCUGGGCCUGCCCCUGCGCCUGCUCCUGCGCCUGCUCCUGCGCCCGCUGAAGCGUCUGCACCUGCGCCUGUUCCUGCCCCUGCAGUGGCGUCUGCUCAUGCGCCUGCUCCUGCGCCUGGUGUGGUGUCUGAUCCUGCGCAUCCUCCUGCUCCUGCUCCGUCGCUUCCCCUUGCCCCUGAGGUGGCGCCAGUGCCCGUGCCUGCUGCUGUGGCCUCGUCUGCGCCUGCUGGGGCGUCCUCCGUGCCGCCGGAGGCUGUGCCCGUCUUACUGCUGCUGUUGCUGCUGACCCGCCGGGGCAGCGUCAUCCGUCUCCUGGCCGCCGACACCAUCGGCCCCACUCCCCAGGACCACGUGACGAUCGCGAGACGUCGAGGCGCCGUCACGAUUCCCCCCGGCAUCGUCAAUGUGCAGCGGGUGGUUUCUGCUGCAUUGCGCGAGGAGAGGGCCGGGGUGGCGAGCCAGAGUAGCUCACAGCACGUUGGACCCGUGGCUCCUCCUCCCGCUGCACCCCCUGUUGUCGCGCCGCAGGCGGUUUCUCCUCCUCCCGCUCCUGCUGUGUCGUCCUCUACAGCCGGGGCCCGCCUACGACUGCCCUGGGUGCCUCCUGUGGCGGGCAUGGAGUUCGUGUCCGCUGCUGGAGGGGUGGUGCCUGCCCCUCCUCAUUAUGAACCUGCUCCCUCUGCCGUUGCUCCUCAUUUUCCUCUCCCGGCAGAAGAGGUCCUCCUCCCGCAGGUGCGCGUCCCUGAGGCGACGCUCGGCCAGAUGUGGCGGCUCUCUGAGAGCCUUCGUGCGCUCCUGCUGAUCCAGGUUCAGGCGCACGCCUCGCUGUCCCGGCCUCCUCGGGGGGUUCUCCUUGACGGACAGCGGACUGAUUGUCUUGAGGCGGCCGACCAGCUCGGCCUGCUCCUGGCGCCCGUGUUGGCAGCGCCAGUGCUGGGAGGCUUCGCGGCUGUGGGGCCGCUUGAGGCUGCGGUUCGUGGGGACAUGCCUUUUGGCCUGGUGUGUCAGAAACACUAA